CGUCCCCGAGGCGUAAACACACGCAGCAUCGUUCUGUUAUCACUCUCGUUCGCUCGUUCGCUCGUUCGCGCGCACCACACGGCGUUGGGUUUCACACGGCCGAACCGAAGAGUGCUGCUGGUGGCGCUGUCGGACAUUAUUACGACAAACAGUGCCGCCGCGAGAGUCCAAAUUCCGACGACGACAUCGACGACGACGACGACAACGUACAAUCGACGACGACCGUAAACACAACGAUGCUGACCGCGCCGGGCGAACGGGACGCGGUUUGGUCGUGUUCGGUUGACGAUACCUGCUGCAGUCGUUGAACGCAAACGGCAAGCGCCUCCACAGCCGCCGCCACUGCCGCCGCACGCCGGCCCGAUCGACGGUCAUGGCGACCGAAUACCGACAACGUCCCGGCAUGGGCGACCAUUUCGACGACGAGGACCUCGUAAUGAGUUCGGCCCAACAGCGACGAAACUGGCGUGGGAUACUCAUCGCACUUAUGGUGAUCGUUGCGGUCUUAGCUAUGAUAGUAACAUCUGUAGUGUUAUUGACUCCGCCUCAACCAGAAGAACUAUCGGACUCGUAUUCGGACUUGGAUAGCGGUGAUAGAACUGGUUCGGAUUACUAUUACAAUCAACGGGCGAACGAUGAACUUUGGUGGCGUCACCGAGGUAUGAGGUCAUUACGUUUAUCGGAUAUACUAACAGAUUCUGCUAACAUAAAAGUAUUCAAUGGAACGUGGAUUUCUGGUACUGAAAUAUUUUACGUGACCGGCUCUGGUGACUUAGCCAUUAUGGAAAUUAUGGCAGAUGGUAAUACACAGACUACUCACCGCAUAAUGUCUAAAAAAAUGUUACAGAAAUUAAAAGGUCCUCUGGUGUCAUUCGAAUUAUCGCCAGAUCGUAAUCACGUGCUCAUAGGUCAUCAGGCAAAAAAAUUAUUCAGAUAUUCUAAAACGGCUCGUUAUACGGUGUACACUGUAUCAACCAGGCAAAUGACUCCAAUAACGUUGGAAGACCAUGGAAACGAAACCAUUUCUACUGAUUUACAACCGUAUUUGCAGCAUGCUCAAUGGCACAAGAUUUCGACAGCGACCGAGAAAAGUGCAGAAUCAAUGGCAUUGAUCGUCGUGUAUCGGUACGAUGUAUUUUACGUUCCAUGGUCGAUGAAAAUAUCGACAACUACUCCAGGUACCAACAUCGGAAAGAAUAAUGUCACAGUAGAUUCUCAGACGUUAAACGUCACCAAUUCUUCAUAUACACCUACUUCCACUCCAUCACUAAGCGAAAAAUACGAAAAUGUUGAUGACAACAACACAUCUUCUCACAAUGUGACGUGGAAGCCAUGGCCUCACGGUCCAGUACGCAGAAUCACUACGUCCGGGUCCGGGCCAUCGGUUACCACUGCCGGGGUUGUGAGCAAUGGUAUAGCUGAUUAUCUGUACGAAACGGAGAUAUUGAAGAGGUCCCCAGCAAUAUGGGCAUCAUCCGGGCGGUAUUUGAUGUACGCGACGUUUGAUGAUCGUCGGGUGGGAGAAUAUAAGUAUUCAGUUUACACGAAGAGCGGACGACAACAUGAUCACGUCGAUGAUGACGAUACUGAAAAACAUUCUAAACAGCGAAAACUGAAACGACGCAGAAGGCGUUUAAGGCGAAAUUCAAAACCUGUGGAAACACUAGGGACGACGGGAGAUGACGGCACAUCUGAUUAUUAUUUGUACCCGCGUAUCAGAACUCUUAAAUAUCCAAAAGCAAACACGCCAAAUCCUAUUGUCACUUUAUCGGUGAUCGUAAAUCUCGAUCAACUAGAAAAUCCACAAAUACAACCAAAAAUACGCACCUUGACACCACCACCAAUUUUUCAAUUUACUGACGAUUACUAUUUCACGGCAGUUCAAUGGGUGAACGACGGAGGCGUCGGUAUUGGAAGUGGAAAUCACGAGAUCGACGAUGACAAAUCGAGUGCUUCGGCAGCUGAGGUAUGUGUCGUAUGGCUGAAUCGAGCACAAAAUACAAGCGUGACUACGCUCUGCAAAUCGCCUUUAUGGAUGUGUCAAGAGACCCAAGUAAUUAACGCGGUGGGAGCUGUUGGCGGUGGCAGUGGCAUAAGAGGAGGACAAGGAAGUGAAAUCUUCAACAGUGAUCACGCACGUCGUCGAUACAGGCGCAAUGGUAGCGGAUUACAGAAAUCAUCACAUGAAGCGGACGACGGAGUAAAAAACAACACUAUCAACGCAUCGUUCUCGUACCAAGAAGACCACCGAAGUCACCGCCAAUCGCAUCAGCACGGCCAACAUAAACAUAGCGGUCAACAUCAGCAUAACGGACACCAUAGCCGUCGACGACGUGACGGAUACGUUAACUCGGGUAACAACGAAGUGCCGAAAGGGAGGUAUGGCGGUUGGGUUGAUGCCACUGUUGGUGGGGCCGGUGGUGGGGUUCCAUCUACCGGAGGUGGUGUCAGCGAUAAUAGCUACCGUACGGUCUCAGCCACCACUUGGUGGUCAGGAGGACUCAACAUUAACGACGGAGGAGAAAACUUCGUAGGCGAUGACGGAUACGCGGGCAUUGCCGGUUUCGGUAGCACUGGGACUGGAGCUGUGUAUUCCAUGGCUGCUUUGGUUCGUCGGGGAUGGGAAACUGGUGACAAAGAACUAGCACCCCGAGCGCCAGUGUUCGCGGCGGAUGGUCAGGGAUACGUUAGUGUAGCACCGAUUCGUGAUGAUGAGCACAACAACAAUGAGGACCAAGACAGCGAAGGAGGGGUUCGUUUACGACGACCGACCGUAAAACACAACCAGUCAUCUCGGGAGCGAAGCUCCAAAAGCCGGUCACAGUCAUCAAUUGGAAAGUAUUAUGCACAAGUAGUGGCUGUAAACAUAACAAAGAAGUUAUUAGCACCACUGACAUUUGGUGAAUUUGAUGAUGAUAAUGACAACAACAAAGCGGACAAAAAAAAAAGCAAAGUCGUCACUAAAAGCUGGAUGGUAGUCAGGAUUUUGGCAUGGGACCAACAAACUGAUAUGAUAUACUUUCUUGCCGUACCAUCUGGUCGUGGCGCACCACACCACCGUCAUUUGUACGCAGUAAAGUUUACGCCUGCGGCAUCUUCAUCUACAAUAAACACUGAUGUUGGUUAUCGAAUGGGACACUUUCACCAACAACAGUUUCGUAAAACUUACCAUCAUAGCAAUCGCAGUAGGCCUAUAUGUCUUAGCUGCAAUAUCGGCCUAAUCGACAGCGUAAGACGUCGCGAGCGUCGUGAGUUUGGUGGAAAACAGAACCGAAUGGACGAGGCACGAGACGAUCGGUUGAGGCAGCAACAGCGAGAACGAUGGGAAAAUCAAAAAGAAGAAGAAAAAGACAUUGAUGAGGAAGCGGCUACCGCGGAAGAAGCAGAACGCCGCCAGCAACGAAAUCGUCGACAGCAGCAACGAGAAAUUCAAAAUCGUGGUAUGCUGAGACACUGCACAUACUUCGAUGCCCAGUUUUCUCGGGAUGGUAGCCAUUAUGCUUUGAUAUGUCUGGGUCCUUCAGUUCCAUAUGUGACAUUACACAGAAUCGUAUCGAAUGAAAUUGACAAUGCUGAAGAUAACAGCGAUGGUAGUGGCAGUGGUGAUGAAGCAGAUAGUGUUCCACUAACUACGCAGAAAACUCCUCAAGAGCCUUCCUACUCCUUUGAGUUAAUUGCUCUUAUGGAAAAUAACACUCGUCUACAGGACAAAUACACGAAUCGAGUAUUGCUACCAGGUACUAGAACUUUCCAAUUAAGACUUUCUGGUGGUCGUAAACUAACCACUUCGGGGGGCUUGCAUUUUAAUGACCCACUUGAUGCAGCUGAUUAUUAUAGCAAUGGUGGUGACCGUGACCAUCGGCAACAUUUUUCGACUAAAAAACCUCCAGACUCAGAUCCCUUGACCGUGGCGCAAGUCAGAUUGUAUCUACCAUUAGGUGUUUACGAUCCAGAGGCGGAUCCUCGCCCAGAAUUUAUGUCAAAUCAUAUAAAAAAAUCUGGUAACUCUGAUAAAAUCGAUACUACUAAUCCUGAAGUAACUACUAAAACAAGUGACAUCUCUUCAUCCAAGCACAGUCAUCGGCGACGACGAAGCUCAUCAUCGUCUUCAUCUUCCACGCAUGAUAACAGUGACGAUAGUGGAAAUGGAUCAAAACGACAACGACGACCACGCAAAAAACAACGUCAACAUCGUUUAAAAAAGUUGUAUCCUAUGCUUGUGGUAGUAAACUCAGACCCGGGGUCACAGGCUAUCACUGAUCGAUUUUCUGAUCGAUUAGGCUAUACGACAGGAUUACUGUGCUCAGGUUCGUUAGGUAGAACACUACCAAGUACUAGUGGUAGAAGUUCAGCAAGCUCAAAAUACAGUGGAAAUGAAUGGGAUCGUCAACGAUCGAGAGGACGUCGGGGUCGCCGUUCUACGGCAACUAGAUAUUAUUCGUCUGGAUAUUCAGAUGAUUACGAUGAUGACACUUAUGAUUACGAUCAAAAUAAUGACGACAAUACGAAUAAUAAUGAGUAUGUGGUGGCUGUAAUAGAUACAGGACGAGGAACGUGGGCUCGAGGUUAUGAGUCGUUGUUGGCCUUAAAUUAUGGGGAUGUCAAUGACGGAUAUGGAGAAGAUAGCAGUGAAGACGAUGUUGGACCAAGUGGACUCCUUGGUACUGCUGAUCUUCGUGAUCAAUUGGAGGCAGUCGAGUACUUACUUUCAAGCUCUACCGCUACCAGUGAUAGUUUUAAGGAUAGUGAUCAGGGAUAUUACAGCGAAGAUCGCCCAAGAAGUGGUGGCAGCCGUGACCGUUCUAGAUGGUUUUCGCCGACUUCACAAUCAAAUAGAAGGUAUUAUAGCGACGAUGAUGACUAUUAUAAUGGUGACGAAGAAUAUGAUGACAACAAUGACAAAAAUGACAAUGAAGAUUACUAUUAUUAUUACUACAGCAAUGACGGAGAUAAUGGUGACUAUAAUGAUUAUAAUCGAGGAGAUAAUUUUUACAGGGAUGAUGGUGGUAAUCGAAAUCGCAGAAAUCGAAGAAGUACUAGUGACACUAAAGCAAACGCUGAGGCAUUAAGGUUGCCAUACGUAGAUGCAAGUAGGGUAGCGUUAUUGGGCGGUGGACCAACAUCGCCUUCAACUCCGCCAUCAAUUUAUGGUGGAUAUGCAGCUACUCGGAUGGCUUUGUGGCAAACCAUUUAUGGUGGUGCGCCCAUUGAGAAAAAAAGUGAUAAAUCUGGCGACAAAGGAAAUAGAAAGGAGCCUGUGGCUAUUCGCUCUUCGUUCAAGUGUGCUAUAACUAUGGCGCCUGUGUGUUCGUGGCGUUUAUAUGUUUCAGCAUUUGCUGAACGUUACUAUGGCUAUUACGGUGGAAAUGAAAGAAAUAAAUGGAUGUCUUAUGAUCGUUCAGAUUUAAUACCAUUAACACCUUCAUUUAACGAUUCGUCAUUAUCACCGUCUUCAUCCGGGAAAGGAAUUAACUUAUUAGUGAUGCAUGGUACCGCAGACACUGCAAUACACCCACAGAACUCGAUGAUGCUAGUUAGAGGAGUUAUGCAACAACAACAGCAACAAUUCGUACCUAAUGGAUUUGUCAGUAGUAUUGAACGCCGAAAUAAUAAAUCAACAUUAUUCGGAGGACGAGCUCCAGGGGGACUUCCUACACACGUUGGAGCCAUAAGGAUAUCACAACUAGUGAUGCCAGAUGCAGACUUGAGUAAUUCUAGAAUGGCUACAGACGUAGAAAACGGUUCUCCGAUUGAUCAUCGCCAUCAAUUACUCCACUCGGUUUUCAGUCAUGUCACACAAUAUUUGGCUACAGAGUGUUUUACCAAUGUAGGCGAUGGAAACCGAGGUCGGGGCAUUAGGACGCGUAGUCAGCGUUUACGAAAACGAAGAAGAAGAUGGAGGACCAGUUAUCGAGACCAAGAAAAAUCAGAGGAACAACAACAGCAGCAAUGGGGGGAUGAACAUCAGCGCAACGAUAAAAGUAAUUCCGGUACUAGCAAUGAAAAUAGUGGAGGUGGUGAUCGUAGUUCUGGUGGUAGAUACCGUCGACACAAUGUUGAUAGCAAUCGAGAAAUCUCUGAAAGCAGUACCAAGAAUGAUAUGGUAGUAAUGAAAAUCCAGGUUAGCGACGCUUAUAAUGAUAAUAUAACAAAAAAUAAAAGUUGGCUUAACGGCUAUUUGGGAAAUUUAACCAUUCCUAAUAAUAGUAAUAACAGGAAUAAUAACGCCAGUAAGAGAGGAGAAAAUGACGAUGACGAUGAAGCAGAAGAAGACGAUGAAGAAGAUGAUGGAGAUGAGGACAGCGAUAACGAAAACUACGAUGGAGAAGAUAAUGACGAAGAAGAUGAAGAUAGCGAACACGACGAUGAGUAAGUUUUGCUGGAACAUGGAAAUAGUAAAAUCACCUUUGAUAUUAUAAUAAUUGGUGAACUUAUAGUCAGUUAAAUAGUGAAAAUAUAAUAACCGAAUGAAGAGUAAUUUAAGGAAGAGUAGUAAUAAUCUUAAUAGUUGAAUUAGAUCUUUUAAAAUUAUUUCAAUUUUGAAUUUAUAUUUCGAUGACAAAUCGAUUUUAUGUCAACAACAAUCAAUCAAAAGUAAACAAAUGUAAAGACUUAUUUUAGACAGAUUAUUAAUGUAUCAAAAUUCUAUUAAUUAUUAUUAAUUGGCAUUAAAUCAACUUUAAAAAAAAAAAAACCAAGAAAAAAAGUUUAGUUUUAACAAUGGUACUAGUAAUUAAUGCUUUAUACUAUAUAAAAUCUAUACUUAAAAACUCAUUCUAUCAUCAUAUGAAGUUUUAAUAAUCAGAUAUUUUACUAUAAGUGUUAAGUCGUGCACUUAUUUUUUAAUGUUUUAUUAUUUAUAAGAAAUAAUAAGGUUUAGUGCUAGGGUUACAAUCUAAGGUGGCAGUUCUAAGGUUAAGUUGAUGAGUGAUUUUAUUUUCAGCAUUUCUGUGAAAGAAGAGUUUUACAUAGCUAUAUUUUGAUUUCUCCCAAAUUCAAAAAAAAAAAAAAUUUCUUCUCCCAAUGCUAUUCUUUAAAUACUUCAACAUUACUAAUUUUUUUAUUUACUCAUUAAUAUACGUGAACAUAUGUGUAUAAUUUGGUUAAGAACAUAUAAAGUUUCACUAUAAUUUUUUCACAAUUAAAGAACUGUCAUAUUUUUAGAACAAUAUAUUACCGAUUUCGAUAUUUAUCGAACAGUGUUAUUAUUCAGUAAUUUUAUAAUUAUUAAUUGAUACCUAAUAGUUUAUCUUUAUUGUUGUAACUUAUUAUAUUUUUUGAUCUCUAUUCUUAUAUUAAGCAUAAAUACUAGGUACCUAUUUAGUCUUGAUACAUGAUCUGCCUCCUAGGUAUCCUUAACUCCUAUCAAAUGAUUAUUCAGGAACAUGACGAUGAGUAGAGACCAGCUUGUGGAUUUCAUGGCACUAUGUUUUUUUUUAAAUUUUAUAUUUUUGGGUUAACCAAGUAACAUUAACUUUAAUACUUUACAUCAAGGACCAUUAAAAAUUAAUUUCUAUAAGUCAUACAAAUAAAUACCGUUGUAUUUUAAACAUCUUUUAAAGAAAAUUUCAAAAAAUUAAUUUCCCACUCCAGGGAAAUCAUUUAAUGAUGUCAUUAAGUAGUAGCAGUACAAGAACUCCUUGACUGAAAUAUUUUAUCAUGAAUCACAAUCACCAAUGUAUAUUAUAUUUUAUGACAAUGACGUUGUUUAUAAAACACACAAAUAAAAAAUUUUGAGAACGAUUUUAUUUAAACAUAAAUUACGUACCAAAACAACCUAAAUUUUUCAAUGGAGAAAUUAAAAUAUACGAGAGUAGCGUUUUAGUUUUUUCUAUCUUCAUUGGUAUUUUAACACCACGUAUAUUUCAAAUUCAAAAUCAUAUCUAUUUUAAUUGUUGUUACUAUUACAAUAUUUUAUUAAAAAUCAUAAGUUUUAGUUAUUGUUAGUUAAAAUUAUUAUUAUAACAUUAUUACCUACAUGUAUCAUAAGUAAGACGAUAUAAAAAUGCAUCACAACAACGAAGAAACCAAUUACUUUAUAUCUAUUUUAUAUACUCGGGAGAAUAGUUGUUAAAUAUCCCUUUUUACAUUAAUGGAAAUGUAAAAAGCAUCUAAAUCAUCAUCUUAAUUCACUAACCUUCUUUAUGAUUGACACAUUAUUAUUUAAACGUAUUUUGUUAAAUAAACCAUUCUAAUAGUUUUUGAAAUAUUAAUAAAUACCGAAAUUAUCAAAGUCGGGUUUGAUUGUAUUUUUUAAAAUACGCAUUUUCUACCUACUAAUUAUUAAUUAAU